AUGGCUAUAAUUGAUAUCGAAUCUGAAGAGCAGUUCAACCAGUUGAUCAAAUCUGAUCCGAAACAGUUGUUAGCGGUAUACUUUCACACUCCAUGGGCUGGUCCAUGUCAAACCAUGAAUUCAGUGAUAAAGACGUUGGCCGAAGCCCACCCUUCAGUGCUUUUUCUCUCAGUGAAUGCAGAUGAUCAAGCUGAGAUCAGCGAGAUGCUAGAAGUAUCGGCCGUUCCAUAUUUCAUCUUAAUUAGAGACCUGACAACUUUGAAAGAAGUAUCUGGUGCGGAUCCAAGGGAAUUUGUCAAAGCCUUGGAUGAGUUCUCUGAUGAUAGGUCUAGUAACUCGAGCCUGAAUACUAAUACUGCUUUAUCUACUGUAUCUGAACCAAAAGAGGAAUCACCUGCUGAAUUGAAUGAAAGAUUAAAAAAGUUGACAUCAGCAGCCGCCGUCAUGCUCUUUAUGAAGGGUUCUCCUUCAGCUCCACAGUGUGGCUUCUCUCGUCAAUUAGUUGCUAUAUUGAGGGAGCAUCAAGUUAGGUUUGGUUUUUUUGAUAUCCUAAAGGACGAUUCUGUGAGGCAGGGACUAAAAACCUUUUCGGAUUGGCCCACAUUUCCUCAACUUUAUAUCAAUGGAGAAUUUCAAGGUGGCUUGGAUAUAGUUAAGGAGUCGAUCGACGAAGAUCCAAACUUUUUUGAUAAUGUUGUAGAAGCGAGUUGA